AUGCCUCCAACGAAAAAGACAAAACUCACUCAAGAAGAACAAGUCGAAGAAGAGAAUUUUCAAAAACUUGCCGAUAUUCAAAAUCAAGUCGCCAAGCUUGAUGAAGAAUUGGAAACUGAGAUUGCUCUAUUGCAGAGUAAAUAUGAUGCGUUGAAGAAGCCAUUUUAUGAAUCUAGGAAGCCUUUGAUAUCGGGAAUUAAGAACUUUUGGGCCGAUGUGAUUUCAAUACAUCCACUCUUUUCGAAAAUGUUAAAUGAUACAGAACUUGAAAUUUUGAAAUACUUGAUUGACAUUGAAGUUGAGAAUGAUAUUUCAAAAGAUACAAAAUUCUUUAAAGUUACUUUUAAAUUUAAAGAUAAUCCGUUUUUCACAAAUUCAGAACUGUGGAAGCUUAUUAGAUCCAAACCUCAAGAAGAAGCUCCAGAAACACAACAAUCAGGUAUUAAAUGGAAGGAAGGACAACAUGUUUCGUCCUCAGAAGGAGACAAGAAGAGAAAACAUCAACAAGACCAAAGCUUGUUUAAAGUCUUUGUUGAAGAGACGGAAUACGAUGAAGAUUUUAUUUCCAUUAUUGUUGAUGAAAUUUAUGCUAAUCCUUUGAGUAUCUUGAUUGGUGACGAUGAAGAAGAAACAGAAUGA